AAAAAUCGAAGGCCUAGAGGAUUCCCAAAAUGCCCCUCCCCCUCUCCGGAAGACCCACGCCGAUCCCACCACCGACCACCCCGAGCGCUCUGUGCGACCUCCUCCUCUCCCUUUCCGCCGCCCGCGCCCUCGCGCAGGGCCAGCAGCUUCACGCCUACCUCCUCAAGUCCGGCGCGGUCCCCUCCGCCGCCGCCCCCCUCUCCAACCACCUCAUCACCUUCUACGCUCGCUGCGGCCUCCCCCUCCUCUCCCGCCGCGCCUUCCUCGACCUCACCGCCUCCCCCCGUCCUUCCGCCCCUGCCUGGUCCGCCCUCAUCUCUGCUCUCGCCCAGAAUGAUCUCCCCACCGACGCCCUCACCGCCUUCCGCUCCAUGCUCCUCGCCGGCGUCCCCCCCUCCGACCGUACCCUCCCUUCCGCCGCCAAAGCCUGCGCCGCCGUCGCACUCCCCUCCCUCGCCCGCUCCCUCCACGCCGUCGCCCUCAAAACCCCCUUCCAUACCGACGUCUUCGUCAACUCCGCCGUCGUUGACAUGUACUCCAAGUGCGCGCUCCUCCCCGACGCCCGCCAGCUCUUCGACGAGAUGCCCCAACGCAACGUCGUCUCCUGGAGCGCCCUCAUCUUUGGCCACGCCCAGGCUGGCCUCGACGCCGACGCCUUAAACCUCUUCAAGGCCACCCUUGCUGAACCCGGCAUCGACCCCAACGACUUCACCUACUCUUGCGUCGUCCGCGUCUGCAGCACCGCCACCCUUCUUGACCUCGGCUGCCAGAUCCACGCCAGCUGCGUCAAGUCCAGCUUCGACGCCUCCCCCUUCGUCGGCAGCUCCCUCGUAUCUCUGUAUUCCAAAUGCGGCCUCGUCGACAAUGCAUAUCAGGUGUUCGACGAAAUGCGCGAGAGAAACCUCGGCGCCUGGAAUGCCAUCCUCAUCGCUUCCGCCCAGCACGGCCACACCCGCGCCGCCUUCGACCGCUUCAAACAGAUGGAAGCCGCCGGCUUCCAGCCCAACUUCAUCACCUUCCUCUGCCUCCUCACCGCGUGCAGCCACGCCGGGCUGGUCGACGACGGCGAGCGGUACUUCGCACUGAUGUCGGAGCGCGGUGUCCAGCCCGGGCCGCAGCACUACGCUGCCAUGGUGGACAUGCUCGGCCGGGCGGGACGAAUCCCAGAGGCGGUAUCGUUCAUCGAGUCCAUGCCGCUGGAUCCGACGGAGUCGGUGUGGGGCGCACUGAUCACAGGGUGCCGCAUCCACGGGGACACGGAGACGGCAGCCUACGCGGCCGGAAAGCUCUUCGAGACGGGCUCCUUGAGCUCGGGCGCUCACAUGCUGCUCUCCAACGCGUACGCGGCGGCGGGGCGGUACGCGGAGGCGGCGCAAGCGCGGAAGGCGAUGCGCGACCGCGGAGUGCGCAAGGAGACGGGGCUGAGCUGGAUGGAGGCGGGGGGGCGGGUGCACACGUUCGUGUCGGGCGACCGGUCGCACCCGAGGAGCGAGGAGAUCUACGGGGUUUUGGAGGAGGUGGAGGAGAGGAUGGAGAGGAUGGGGUACGAGGCGGACACGAGCCAGGUGCUGAGGGACGUGGGAGGGGAGGAGAAGCGGCGGGCGAUCAGGUACCACAGCGAGCGGCUGGCGAUCGGGCUGGGGUUGCUGAUGGUGCCGGAAGGGAGGCCGAUCAGGGUGAUGAAGAAUCUGAGGGUGUGCGUGGAUUGUCACACGGCGAUCAAGUAUCUGACGAGGUGCACCGGACGGACGGUGGUGCUGAGGGACAAUAAUCGGUUUCACCGGUUUCAGGAUGGGGUGUGCUCCUGUGGGGACUAUUGGUAAAAUAUAAGGGGUCGUUUUAGCUGUUGACCCCUGACCAUCUAGAAAUCAUACGGCAAAUAGUCCGAAGUCCUCUGCGAUCGGGUCAUGGGAACGGAAAAUAUGAUUGGUGUGGUGUAUGGAUGACGUGGGGCACCUUUUGUGUAGGGUAUAAUUUCUCCUAAUUCUCCUAUUAUUUAUUGUUCAUUACUCAUUUUGUUUCUUCCUUAUUUAUUUUAUUUAUUAGAGCUUCACCGAUGAGAAUGUCACGGUACUUUCUUCUUUAUGAAUUUCUAAGAAGAUUUUGGAAAAUGACAUACAUGAUUCAUUUGU